GCAACACAAUCCGGUUUUAUUCCAGUGAUAAAGCAGCUCGUUUCCUCCUCGCGUCCUGAUCCGCUCGAGAUGGCCUCGUCACGGCUGGAGCGCUUGUGGGGUCGUUUGCUGCGUGUUGUUGUUAAAGUGUUCUUGCUAGUUUUCAGGUUAUUCGCGCCUCAACAACAGCCAGGAAGCAGAGAAGGUCGCCGGCUUCCCCCCAUCACCGAGCCGCUGCUGCUGCGCGCUUCCGCCGGCCAGCUCGCGCAGAACAUCCGCCGCAAACAAGUAACAAGUGUCCAGGUGGUUCAAGCCUACAUUGAUCGCAUCCAGGAAGUCAACCCACUCGUCAAUGCUUUGGUUAAAGACAGGUUUGCUGCAGCUCUCCAAGAGGCAGCACAGGUUGAUAAACUGAUAGAGGAGGAGACAGGCGGAGAGGAUGUUCUGGAGGACAGGCUUCCUCUUCUUGGAGUGCCCUUUACUGUGAAAGAGGCCUUCGCCCUGCAGGGCAUGCCGAAUUCUACAGGAUUGCUGAGCAGGAGGGCGGUGGUUUCAGGAGUGGAUGCCCCACCUGUGGCUCUGUUAAAGCGGGCUGGAGCAAUUCCACUUGGUGUAACCAACUGCAGUGAGCUGGCCAUGUGGCUGGAGUCCCACAACCACCUUUAUGGCAUCACCAGGAACCCUUACGACCUUGGGAGGAUAGCAGGGGGCAGCUCAGGGGGAGAGGGAAGUAUAAUUGGUAGUGGAGCUUCUGUGAUUGGAGUUGGAUCAGACAUUGGAGGAAGCAUUCGUAUACCUUGCUUUUUUAAUGGCAUCUUUGGCCAUAAGCCAACAUCAGGUAUAGUAAAUAACGGAGGUCAGUAUCCCCCAGCAUCUGGACAGCAGCCAGGCUUCCUCUGUACAGGCCCCAUGUGCCGUUAUGCUGAGGAUCUUUUGCCCAUGCUGAAGAUUAUGGCAGGACCCAAUGCAGAAAAAUUAUUCCUCUCUGCGAAUGUGGAUCUGAGGAAACUCCGGUUCUUCUCUGUUCCUCAUGAUGGAGGAUCACCUCUUCUCUCUCCUGUAGACCCACAACUGAUUCAGGCACAGAAGAAGGUGGUUGAGCGGUUGGAGACUGAUUUAGGCGUCCAAGUUCAAGAAUUGCGCAUCCCUCAGCUCAAAUAUUCCUUUCAGAUCUGGGGAGCUAUGAUGUCUUCACCUGACAAGGAUGGAAAGCUCCCUACUACUUUUGCUGAGCUGAUGGGUGGAGGUGAGAAGAGAGUACGGCCUGUGUGGGAGCUUUUCAAAUGGCUUCUAGGACUGUCCUCUCACACCAUGGCUGCUAUAGGUCUGGCCCUGGUGGAGAUGUUCCAGAGCUCACAGCCAUCUGAGUUCAUUUUGCAGCAGAAAGAGAGUUUGCAAAAGGAGCUGGAGGAACUUCUGGGUACUGAUGGAGUGUUGUUGUAUCCUUCACACCCUCAGUUGGCCCCCAAACACCACCAGCCUUUAUUCACCCCCUUCAACUUCUCUUACACAGGGAUCUUUAAUAUCCUCGGGCUGCCGGUGACCCAAUGUCCUUUAGGACUUAGUGUGGAGGGUUUGCCCCUUGGAAUUCAGCUUGUGGCAGGAAAGUUGCAGGAUCGUCUCUCUUUGGCCACUGCUCUGUACCUGGAGAAGGCUUUCGGUGGAUGGAGAGAGCCGGGUGACACAGAGCACACACCGAACAGCACCUCGAAUAAUGUCAGUAAUGCCACGUAACUAAUAAACUGUCCAUACAUUAGUUACUUUAACUUCUCAAAGCUUAGUUACCACAUAAUAACGUGGUUAACAGAAUAUUAAGGAUAGAUAGAUAGAUAGAUAGAUAGAUAGAUAGAUAGAUAGAUAGAUAGAUAGAUAGAUAGAAAGGAAGGAAGGACAGAAAGACUGCAAGAAGUAAGGAUAUACUGUAUGUAUUAUUAUUAAAAUAUGCCACAGAGAUGAAUGUGAAAUGUUGUCAUUUAUACUGCAAUUAAAUUACAAUUAAAAUAUUGAUAUAUUGAUGUAGUAUUGAGAAUAAAUAAGUAGAAAAAUGAAAGGAUGAGAUGAAAGAAUGAAUGUAUUAUCUAUUCUUAAAACAUGCUGCAGAGAUCAGUCAUUUUGCUGUGAUUGAAAGAAAAGAAAAAAAUGAAAGAAAGGGAAAUGUAUUGUUAAAACAUGCUAGAGAUAUCAGUAUGUAAUUUUAUUGUGAUGAAAGAAAGACUGCAAGAAGGACGAAAGGAAAUAUGUAAUAUUAAAGUAUGCCACAGAGAGUAAUGUGUAAUUUUGUAAUUGAAAUAAAAAUUUCGCAUAUGCAGGCAUACACAUCCACACACGGUAGCAGUCAAAAGUUUGUACACCCCUACUCAUUCGUAGGUUUUUCUGUAUUGUGAUCUUGUUCUACAAUGUAGAAAAUAAUUGAAGACAUCAAAACUAUGAAAUAACAUCUGGAACAUAUACAAACAAAAACUGUUCAAAAACAAAAUGUUUCAUAUUUUAGAUUCUUCAAAGUAGCCAGCGUUUACCUUGAUGCUUUGCACACUAUUGGCAUUAUCUGAACCAGCUUCAUGAGGUAGUCACCUGGAACGCUUUUUAAUUAACACGUGUGCCUUGUCAAAAGUUAAUCAGUGCAAUUUCUUGCCUUCUUAAUGUGUUUGUCAAGUAGUAAAUAAUAAAAUACAGUAAAUAGCCCUAUUCCACACUACAACUGUCAUAAUCCAUAUGUCAAAAACGGCUCGACUAAGUAAAGAGAAACGACAUCCAUCAUUACUUUCAGACAUGAAGUGUCUUUUAAUUAAUAAAAAUAAAGAAAAAACAUUGAAUUAGUAGGUGUGUCCACAUUUUUCACUGGUACUGCACUCUCUCUCUCUCUCACACACACACACACACACACACACACAGUAAUAUUAUUAAAACCUGCCACAAAGAGAAAGACGUAAUAAAAUAUAUAAUACAUGCUAUAGAAAUGUACGUGUAAUGAAAUUGACUUUUUUAAACAGCAGAAUAGUAACGCAUGUUUCUGUGAACACCUUUUAUUAAAGAAAUGAGAAAUAAGAAUGGAAAGAGCUGUAAUAUAUAAUAUGCAUAUUAAUAUGUUUCUGUAAAAUAAA